AUGGAUGUCAAGCCACAGCGCCCCCUUCGGCCAAUACGCGUCAGAAACGACGAAAAUGUCCCGCCCGAAGGCCAGGUCGUUAAAACAAUCCAUCAUCGAAACAAAUCGAGUCCAGCACUUACAACUACUUUCGCCGAAGCUCAAGGGCUGAAGGCUGCGGCCAAGCGAACUGCGUUUGGAGACGUGAGCAAUAUCGCUGCAGGCAGACCUAGCAAAGAUGAUUUAUUAUUGCACACCAAGCCGAGUCUGCAGGCUGUCGUGAAGCCUACUCAAUCUCUUGACCAAAGAAGAUCCAUUGCGCUCCUUCGUCCCGCCCAAAAGGGGUUGAAAACAAUCCUUGCCGGAGCAGCUUCCUACGGGACAUCCAAGAUCUCUUCCAAUGCUACAUUCAGAGAGAAUGUGGCUCCUCUACAGCCUGCCGCAACGAAAAAGACAUUGACCAAGCGCCAUACCACAAUCUUUAACGAUCAGCACCUGGCUGUGCUUCAAGAGACAGAAAUAGCUUUGAGCGAGUCAGUGAAUGAAAAACCAACGGGGAGUGAGAAGCACUCGAGCUCAGCGACUCCUGGAAUACAGUCUCAGCUUUGCGUCCUUCCUCUACCAGCACCUGUUGUUGUUCCUGCCGAGCCGGUCAAAGACACCCAAGAUCUUCAUUCAGACACUAGCCUGCCUGGCAUUGAAGGCGUAAAUCUGGGUCCUGCACUCUCGAGCGAGCCAAAUAGCGAGACACAGGUGAACGAUGCGAUCAUCACUACCUCAAACCACGUUGCCCAGCAACUUUCGCAACAGCCCUCUGAACGAUCUCUGCCCGAAAAUAUUCUACCCUCCGUAGAAACCCACGUUGCCGCGAUGCGAAAAGAGCCACAACACAUUCCCGUGGCCAGUCUGGUGAAUGUUGUCGAUAGCGUCCCGCUCCUGAGCCCUCACCAUUCCUAUAUCCAGCAACGACUUGAGCAAGAAGAAUAUUGGGACGAAGAGGAUGACGAGAACUACGAAGAGGAAGAUUAUGUGACCGCAAGGUCUUUUCGUUCACGAGGUGACAAUACCACCGGCGGCGCUACGACCGUUCUCUUUCCGCAAAUGAACCAACGUGCCCGCAAGGAGAUUGCUGCAGCAAAGCAGUUGGUCGAAGCCACGCGUUCUCUUGAGGAGGUUGAGGAUGAAAGCUACGACACGAGCAUGGUCGCAGAGUAUGGAGAGGAGAUAUUCGAUUACAUGCGACAACUCGAAGUGAAGAUGCUUCCGAACGCGCACUAUAUGGACAACCAACAUGAGAUUCAAUGGUCGAUGCGGUCAGUGUUGAUGGAUUGGCUUGUUCAAGUCCACCUCCGAUUCAAUCUCUUACCAGAGACCCUAUUCCUCACUGUCAAUUACAUCGAUCGGUUCCUGUCGUGCAAGGUCGUGUCUCUCGGCAAACUACAGCUUGUGGGUGCAACGGCCAUUUUCAUCGCCGCCAAGUAUGAAGAGAUCAAUUGUCCGUCGGUCCAGGAAAUUGUGUACAUGGUCGAUGGUGGUUACAGCGUCGAUGAGAUUCUCAAAGCCGAGCGCUUUAUGCUUACCAUGCUCCAAUUCGAACUUGGCUUCCCUGGUCCCAUGAGCUUUUUGCGCCGAAUCAGCAAAGCUGACGAUUACGACCUGGAGACGAGGACCUUGGCUAAAUAUUUCCUUGAAGUGACCAUGAUGGACGAGCGGUUCAUUGGCAGCCCCCCGAGUUUUACAGCGGCGGCAUCGCAUUGUCUCGCACGCGUUAUGCUCCGGAAAGGCACAUGGACCGCUCAUCAUGUCUACUAUUCCGGGUACACUUACACCCAACUCAAACCAUUGAUCAACUUACUUCUGGAAUGCUGUGAAGAUCCACGAAAACAUCACAACGCAGUGUUCAAUAAGUAUUGCGACAAACGCUACAAGAGAGCAUCGGCAUUCGUUGAGACUGAGAUCCAGAGAGGGUUCGAAUUGCCAGAGCCCGUCGCACCAACAUCUAUCCUUCAGUCAACGAUGCUUUCAUUUUACGACAGCGUUCCUUACCUUCGCAUGUGA